CAGUUGCCAGCAGGAGUCGCUACGGAAGCCCACAGCAUCGCAAGCGCGGUCAUUUUGUCCGUGCCCGGCUCCCGUCCCCGAAGUCUUCCUGGGCUGCGGCCUGUCGCGUCCUCCAGCAAGAUGGCAGCUACCGCGCAGCAGCAGCCGCCCCCGCCCGAGGCCGCCAAGCCUUUACUCGGGCUCUUGAACGGCAUCGCCCAGGCCACCUACUAUGGCAACACCGAGAUCACCCAGGAGCUGCUAAGGGACCAGCUCUAUCCGGAAGCGGCGGCGCAGGAGUUUGGAGCUCUGCUGGCCAAGAUGACGGGGAUCGUCAAGUCGAUAGCUUCAGCUGACAUGGAUUCAAACCAGCUAGAGGCUUUUCUGACUGCACAAACAAAGAAGCCCGGAGGCAUCACACCAGAUCAAGCUGCAGUCAUUGCAAAAUUUUGGAAGAACCACAGAGUGAAAAUUCGAGAGAGCUUGAUAAAUCAAAGCAAGUGGGGAAAUACCUUGAAGAACAUAAACUGGAGAGUGGAUUUAAAGUCGCAGUCCAGACACAUUCACCAGUUAAACAGUCCUGUGGCAAUCGUUGAAAUGGAACUUGGGAAAAAUGGUCAGGAAUCUGAGUUUUUGACUCUGGAAUUUGAUGAGAUCAAAUUGAAUCAAAUGCUAAAGAAGCUUUCGGAGAUUGGAGACAGCAUUACUUCUCUGACUCAAGCAUCCUAGCUUCUGAGUUAAAACUAUGUGUGGGUUGCCAUAAGAUUGACUUUAGUAACAACUAUCAUUUAUUUUGGUCAUUGUACUUUUUGCAACGUAUUUCAGACCCACUUGUGUCAAAUAAACAUUGGGAUUUUAAAAAAGACCCACCCCCACCCCCCAAAUAAGCUGAGGGUAACUAAGGACGAACAGGCAAUAGAAACUUUCAGAUGUAAUUUUCCCUGCUAGAACCAAAGCAAGUAAUUAGGUUCUGUUCAAGUUAAUAAUAUAGUCACGCAGAACAACAGGGGGCAUUGCCAUUGUUUUCCUAGAGUAGCUGAGACCAACAAAAAGAAAACACCUUCACAUGAAGAACAGUAAAAAUGUAAUUAACUGAAAGAAAACUCUACAGAUGGCCCUGUUCUAUGACAAGAGGCCCUGUUGAGUCCAUUCACAGGCUGGUGCUUCAACUUACACGUGAAUGGAGGGGUGCUUGCUCCACCACCCCAACACAUGGCAUAACAUUAAGUAUGGGAACUCGGCACAGACCUUCAUAUGUGUCUGCUAGCCCAAUCCUGCCGCCCCGCCCCGCCCACACACAUACUCUUUAAAAAAAACAUUUAUACUUCAUUCUUCCUCCAAGGAGCCCAGAGUGGUGUACAUGGUUAUGUUUAUCUUCACAACAACCGUGUGAGGUAGGUUAGGCUGAGAGUUACCUGACUGGCCAAGAGUGAGUCAGUGAGUUUCAUAGCUGAAUGGGGAUUUGAACUCAGGCCUCCCCAGCCCUAGUCCAACACUCUAGCCACUACACCACACCCUGGCUUUUGAAGGGAAAGAAUUGCAGAAGUCAGACAUCAUGCAUUCAGGCCUCUGUGUGAAGGGCCUGUGCUAGUUAGGUCACAUGUGUUGCAGAGGGGCAGGGCAUAGGCCCAUUUGAGUUGCUACACUGAGCUGAUCUGUUGUUGUACCAGGACCAAGAGAAGGAGAGAGACACACACAGAGUCCAUUCCUAUAAUAUUCCUUCACCUUCUGAAUAUUCCAAAUAAAUUUGUUUCAUGAGUUCACCGGUACAUAAAAGUUCACAACUAGAAACAGUUGUCAGACCCUAUCAUGGAAACAGAGCAUAAGUGUAUUUUUAGUACGACUUCAAGCACAAUAUAAGCAUUGUAGUGAGAGUUCAAAGUCCAUUACUGGAAAUAAUUCUCCAGUUAUUUAUAGAGGCCAAGUUGGUUUCAUUUUAGAUGGAGGGGAAAUGAAUAUCAGAAAGAGUUUUCAGCAUGAAUUGUUUCAUCUCUGGAUGAAUACUGUAUACGACACAUCUCAUUGCGACUGUACACGGGAUGAGCAAAAUAUUAAAGUGGCAUGCAUAUGAA